AUCGAAUCAUUGAGCAUUUCAUUUACAAAUUUCCGAAGCCGGCUAAAUAAAGUUAGCGUUCUGCGCUAUUGUUCCACAAUGGCCUGUGCACAGGAUCAAGAUAACGAUAAUGAUUUGAUUCGUAUCACACAUUAUAUCAAUCCACAUAAUUUUUGGUUCAAACAUGAUUCUGCGUAUUUGUACAACGCCGAAGAGCAAAAAUUUCUGUUGGAAUUGAACGAGUACUGUGAAAGCACUUAUACUAGGGGGAAAAUUGCGGAAUCAUACAUCCCGCACCGUCAGGGCGAGUUGGUAGCGGUGUUUUACUUCCAGCAAGCACGCUGGAUCCGGGCAGAAGUGGAUGAAAUUCAGCAGGAACUCGGUGGCCAGAUUCAUUGCAACUUGUGGGCAAUCGAUGAAGGGAUCCCGGUGAGGACAAACUGCAGAUAUAUUAAACCACUUCCCGAGAGAUUUGCAGGAAUGAGCACUAAUGUACGACACGGAGGACUUGAGGGAAUACUGCCCGCAGAAUCGGCUUAUGAUUAUUUGCAAGGAUGUAGCGUUACCAAAAUAAUUCAGGUAUGGAGUCAAGGCGUGGCACGCGUUUUUGAGAGUUGUAUUGAAGAAGCAGUAUCAAUUAAGUUCUAUAAUCUUCAUCGGCAUCAAGUGACAGGGAUCGAUAUGUACUUUGGCACAAUGACCAUUACAUCUCAUCAGAAUGUUACCAAUAAUGCUACAGAUUUGCUGAAGAAGGCAGGGGGGAAAAUGGUGAUGCUUGUAGAUAACGCGGAGUUCUAUGAUAAACUUCCAUACUUGAAAACAUUGCACAUGCAGCGCUUCGAGGAUAACGAGCAACGAGAGAACACGAAAUACCAUACAAAUACAUUUCGUCCAGAAUAUUCACGAAGUGCGGUGCGGUCCACGGGGAAGAUACGCUCCGGAAACACUGAUAUAAUUGAACAAGCUCGCGAGAAGUUUUUCGAAUGGGAUAAACGUAAUACGGCGUCUUCCAUAGUUACUACACAUAGAUCUCACCAAGAUUACGACGAGAUACCUCAGAGUGUAGUAUCUCAUGGACCGUCUCAACAUAGAAAACCAACAGACGAACACGAGUUAGUAUACACCGAACUAAUUAACGAGUCGUUAUCCGACGAUGAAGGUGAUCUUCCUAAAAGUAAUAUUAGAAAUUCAGCUCCAAUGAGCCAAUUAACGGGUAAUUCGUCGUCAAAUAAAGGUGCCAUUCAAGGAAACACAUCAAUCAAGCAAGCCAACAAAGAUUUUCACAACAAUAACUGCGUGAAAACAUCCGACGUAAUGUCAGCCUUGCAGAAGAUAAAAUUACGACGUCAAACUCCGAAUCAACGGACAUCUUCGGACAAACAGAGCGCAGUUGGCUCCCAUAGAUCAUCCGUUGGAGCAACCUCGACGCUGAACAUUGUUCCGGCCGGUUUCUGCUUGGGGAACGUGGAGUUCACGGACGGAUCGGUUGUGCUUGGUGAAAAAAACACUGCGCCAGAUAAACGACGAUUCACGAAGGAAAUUCCCGAUCGUAAUUCGGCGGUAGGGGCGAGGAAUUGGGGGACGACGAAUUCGAAGACCGUCAUUAAUAAAGCGAAAUAUAAUAACUACGGUGAGGAGCGCGUUUCUACCUCGUUCGGAAAGAAAAUUAAUCGAGAAACGGUGAUGAAACCAACUGAACCAAGUGACGACGAUGAGGAGCAGUGGUAAAGAGAACUGAGAGCAAAAAAUGUACAUUGGUUUCUGGAUUUCAGACAGCUUGUCGUUUAAAACAAACAAAAAAACAAAAACAUGAAUUUUGAAAUUGAAUUUCCAAUAACGACAAACACAUACUUGGGUUUAAUCGUUUGUAGACAUUACAAUGCUCAAUAAGAAUGUUAUCUGUGAUUGACUUAUACAUUAUCGUAAUCCUUUUCAUCAAUAAUCAAUAUAUUUCAUUCUCAAAAAAUGUAACUUGAAGAUGGUCGAAUAUAUAAUUCGGCGUUCGCGAUUGCACUUGUCUGUGUAGAUCCGUGACUGGAAAAAUAUUCCAAAUGAAAUAAACGUUACGGAAGUAACCAUAAAGAAAAAAGCGUAAUAUCAUGAAAGUACUGGAAAUAUGCUCACGCGGAAAAACCCCAUGGGUAAAAAUGCCACACGGGAAAAAUUGCAAGUUUUAUUAUGAAUUAAUUUUUCCUAAUGAAAUUUAUUCUGAAGGUAAUGUAAUUGGGGCGAAGGUUAUUACAUUAACCUCAGAAUAAAUAAUAAUAAUAGUAGAACAUGUUCUACUAAUAGUGUUUUUUUUUAAAUAGUGUUCCCUUUGUUCACGCCUUCAUUGAUGUAAGUACAGUGCACCCUAGGUUAACGGUGACGCUGUUCUAUAGUAUUUUCUACAUCCUUCCAUCAUCUAGCGCAGCGGUACUCAACCUUUUUUCCAUAGGGGCCACAAACACGUGUUAGACAUGGUAUCGCGGGCCGCAAAGGAAAAAAAAAAGAUAAAUGAAGAAUGGUGAUGUUCAAGACACGACCGCAGUGUUCACAUAGAACUACGGCCCUAUUCUGUAUUUCGAUCGAUUCGAAAUAUUUCGAACUACUUGAUAAAAUUCCAUUUUGUAUUCCGUUCGAGUUGUUUUUGCAUUUCUUUUCGAUUUGUGGCUCUUCCAACAUUAAAUGGGCAAAACGUUCGAAAUAGGGUAUAUGAAAUUAUAACUCGAACGAAAUGAUGGUUUCGAUCGAAAUGCAAAUCCGGCGGAAUGUAGAAUAGGUGUGAUUGAAGGCGAGCACAAACAUUGAAGAAAUUUAAUAAUAAAACUUUUUGAUACAAAUAUUUGAUAGUAAUGACAUGGGCCGACAAAUGAAUGCUUUCACUGAGUGAGGAGAACGCAGAACGAAACAUCUCAGCAGCAGCAAAACGGUAACAGAAAAUCCGAAACAAAACUUUAAUGUGGUGGCUACGGAGCCGAAAGCAAGACCUUCGAAACAAAAUUUCAACUUCAGUUUUUCACCGUAGAACACAACUCUCAACGAUGAAAAAUACCUUACGUCUCUUUCAACCCGAAAACAAUGAGAUCACGAAGAUUGAAUGAUCGAUUGAAAAAAUCACAAAUCAGUCAUUCACGAUUUAUCAGUCGCCCAAACAGCAAGGCUUCCCCCCAAAUAGUAUUUCUUAAGGCCGAGUUGUUUAGUUUGAUAUUUCAAAUUGAUCUUUUUCAAGGCUAGAGUUUAUCCAAAUACACUCCUGAAUUCACAGAAGCUCUCUUCAGGCAAACAUUAAUAUAAAAUAGAUUUUUAGAAUGCAUCGAAAAUUCUCAAAUAACUAUUUAGUCGAAAGUUUUAGAUGCCCU